AUGGACUCUUUCAAUCCAGAAGACAUGGCUCCUAGCUUUUGCAUCGGACAGCAUGAAACCAACCGCAAGAACCCAAUCACGGCUGCAAUUGUACAGGCAGCUCAUGAAAGCAAUUAUGACAUGCUUACGGCACCAAUUACCACGGAGGCCUUCCAUUCUCGCAUCCUCACCCUGUUAGGCUCCAAACCAAACGCUCCUUUGACUCCGGCUGCCAAUGGGACAUUGAUGACGACCGACAAUAUGCGCCCCAUCGUUAUCCCUCCCUUAACUCCCGCGGAUAGCCACUUGACCCCGGAUGAGACGAUGUCGCAGAUAGUUGGAGUCACCAGCGGUUGGAUCGAUCUAUGCUCACCGGAUCCCCUAAUUGCAGACAUCUCGCGUCAGGUGUUCAUGCGGGAGGUCGCGUAUGCAGCUUUUUGUGGCCUUGGGUACCUCUUGAUUCCUGGCCCGAAACUGCACCACGGAGAGUUCCAUGCAGAAGGCGUGAGCUAUUAUGCGAGAGCUAUACAGGAUGCUAUCAACCUCGCUCCUUACAUACAGUUUCACAUUUGGAUGCCUAUGGUUGAUAACCCAGACUUGGAAGUAGAUGGAAUAGCUGAUCUGUCUCGCCUUGCCCGUCAGGAGUUCCUUGGAGAACCGCUCACAGGGCAGCCAUUGCGAGUGGAUCCUUUUGGCACUUGGGAUGCUUGGGACAUGAUACGAAGAACUUGUAAAUACCACUCCAGGCUUGUCGUAGCACUUUCAAUGCCUAAGCACCUCCCUCCCAUGUCCGUGCAGUCUCGCUGGUAUUCCGAGCCUGUUCACAUGCUCACCUUUGAUGCCAACACGUUCAUCAAGAACCAAAAGGGCUAUCCCGUACUGUCUAAGACACACCAGGCGCUCAUCGGUCGGUUCAUGCGCCUACGGACAUCCCCAUGGAUCCUUCUUUGCGAUGUUGGCCCAAUCCCCGGCGUAGAUGAGCAAGAAACUACAGGAACCAAACUCCCCGCUCUGUCCGGCUCUGAUUAUCCUAGUCUCACUCAGGCCGCGGUAUCCAACAAGAAGCAUUAUGACCCGACCCCUCAUCUUUCCUACCUCAGAAAUCUACAACAACGCCAGCCUUCUAGGAGCGCCAUGGAGAGAUUUGGAGUUGGAUACCAAGACUAUCUUCAGGCACCCUUGCAGCCGUUGACUGUCAACCUGGAAAGCAUUACUUAUGAGGUAUUCGAGAAAGAUCCUAUUAAAUACAAAUGGUAUGAGCGCGCGGUCGCCAAAGCUCUUACCGACUGGGCAAGUGAAGGGAAGCCAACUUCGAACCCCGACGGCCGAGUGGUUGUGGCCGUGGUUGGUGCGGGUCGAGGACCGCUCGUGUCGCGGGCGCUCCAAGCCAGUGUCGAGACUGGGGUCAAGAUUGACCUAUGGGCAGUUGAGAAGAACACCAAUGCUUUCGUCCUUCUCCAACGCCACAAUGAGCAGAAAUGGGGUGGACAAGUCAAGCUUGUGCAGUCGGACAUGCGAGCCUGGAAAGGCCCGCAGGUUGAGAAGCAGGGUGACUCAGGAGCACAAACAGGACCGGUAGGGCAAUCCCUUGGGAUCGAAGAUUCGUUACUUUACAAUGCCAACGAGGAGCAGGAAUCGGCACAGACGUCUGAAUCAGCAGCCGCGCCCCCCAUCACCGAGCUUGUUCCCACUACGAUCGACAUUCUGAUCUCAGAGCUGCUGGGCUCGUUCGGCGACAACGAGCUUUCGCCAGAAUGCCUUGACGGCGUCACGCACUUACUCAAUCCUGUUCACGGUAUCUCCAUUCCGGCUUCCUACACGGCUCACCUUACGCCCAUCGCUGCGCCGAAGCUCCAUGCCGAUGUCAUGAAUCAAUCCGUCUCUAACCCAGCAGCGCCGGAGACGCCGUAUGUGGUCAUGUUACACGCGAUCGACUUCCUCUCCACGAAUCAACCCUCUGCAGCUACACUAAUGAACUCCAGCCAUGGGGGCGCUAAAUAUAGUGCCCGAGACUCAAUCUCCACGCUACCGGGUUCUGGAGAAGCGCCCAUCCCAUUCGUGCAGACGACCUGGUCGUUUGAGCAUCCCAACCGGCAUAUCCCCCCUCAGUUGCCGACCACGUCAACGAUCUCCAAUUCGCAUAACGUGCGCCGGACUCGUCUGUCAUUCCCAGUCUACAACCGCGGAGUGUGCCAUGGCCUGGCGGGGUACUUUGAGACGGUGUUAUACCGCGACAUCGAGCUGUCCACCAACCCUGUCACAAUGGACACCAAGAGUGCCGACAUGAUCAGUUGGUUCCCGAUCUACUUCCCAUUGAAGACCCCUCUGAAUGUGCCCGACAAUGGCGAAGUGGUGGUGACCAUGUACCGGCAGACCGACGACCGCAAGGUAUGGUAUGAGUGGAUGGUGGAAGUAUUCGCCGUGGAAGGCAACGAAGAGGAGGUGGUGAUGAGUGGGGGCAAAGGCACAUCUCCAGCGGCUGGCAAUCUGCAGCGACAGCCCCAGCGAUCACGUGGCGGGCGACGUGUCCGGGUUGGGACGAGCGAGCUGCACUCCAGCAUCAAGGAGGGUUGCCUCAUGUGA